CUAGUUUUCAAAUAAUAUUUCUUUCUUAACCUUAUUUUUUAUGGAUUAAUUGCUGAUCUAAAGUCGAAAAAGAUAGUGGAUGUACAAUAAAACCUUCAAACAUGUGAUAAAAUGAUUUACUUAAUUAUGUACCAUCGAGGAAAUGACGAAGGAAGUCUAUAGAAGACUAUAAAUGUGUGUAAAUUGCAAAAUUCGUUGUAGAAUGUCUUCGCGUAUACUGGCCCCAAAAAUGGCAAGAGCAGAUACGUUAUGCAGUCAGUCACUUUUGGAAGCCGGAGAACGUCCUCUAGAGAGGCCUUUAGGAGGAGAACCAGGUGACGUAAAGACCCAGUUUGUAACACGCGAAGGCACCUACCGACUAAUGACUUUAAGUGAAUAUUCAAGACCUAAUAGGGUAGGCUACCAAACUCAGGGACAAACACCACCGCAAGUACGUGUUUCCCUCGUUACGCUUCCAGACCAGGGCGAAAGAAUUUGUUUCAAUCAUGGUCGAGAAUUAUAUGUUUAUGUCUAUAAAGGCAUUAAGAAGGCUGCUGAUUUGAGCAAGCCACUAGAGAAAAAAGUUUAUAAGGGAACUAAUCCUACCUGUCACGAUUUUAAUGUGGCCUCAGCCUCAAAUGAAAGCGUUAGUCUUUUAAUUGGCUUCAGUACAGGUCAAAUUCAGCUAAUCGAUCCAAUAAAGAAAGAGCUUAAUAAAUUAUUUAAUGAAGAAAGGCUCAUUGAUAAAAGUAGGGUUACUUGUUUGAGGUGGGUUCCCGGAAGUCGUUCAUUAUUUUUAGCUGCUCAUGCUUCUGGUCAAUUGUAUGUAUACAAUGAAGAAUUACCUUGUGGCUCGGCAGCACCACAUUAUCAGCCUUUCAAAGCAGGAGAAGGCUUUAGUGUUAGUACAUGUAAAACAAAAUCAACUCGCAAUCCACUAUUUCGUUGGUUAUUGGGCAACGGUAGCGCCAUUAAUGAAUUGGCCUUCAGCCCAAAUGGUUCACAGUUAGCAAUCGUCUCACAGGAUGGCCUUUUAAGAGUAUUCCAGUAUGAUAGUAUGGAACUUUUAGGAACAGCACGUUCAUAUUUUGGUGGUUUAUUAUGUGUUGCAUGGUCUGGUGAUGGGCGACUGAUUGCUGUAGGAGGCGAAGAUGAUUUAGUCACGGUUUACUCGAUGGAACAAAAACGUGUAGUAGGUCGAGCUCAAGGACAUAGGUCAUGGGUGGCAGCAGUGGCUUUUGACUGGUUCUUAGAAGCUGAAUCUUGUUAUAGGUUGGGUUCUGUUGGACAUGACACUCAACUUUGUUUGUGGGAAUUACCUGAAGAUGCUUUAACACCUUCAAAACCAAAAGUAAAAAGGAGGUCAGAUCCUUUACAGUUGGUAGGCACGCCAGCGUGCCCUCGGCUGGACGAGUGUCCAGUGUUAGAGCCCUUAGUUUGUAAAAAAAUUGCUCAUGAAAGGUUGACAGCACUAGUUUUUCGACCUGAUUGCAUCAUUACGGCGUGCCAAGAUGGAUAUGUUUACACGUGGGCACGACCCCCUUCCUGAACAUGUUGUAUUUUUGUAACUAGAUUUUAUCUAACUUUUAUACCUAUUAGAAAUCAAAGUGUAUAUAUUGUAAUAUGUGUAACGAUUGAUGAGUGUAGAAUAUGUUUUGCAAUAUGUACCUAUAAGUGUGAUUUUUCGUAAUUUUAUCAUUCGUAAAUACAAAUUAAAAUUUUU